CUUACUAUGGCGUUGAUACUAAGAGCAAUGAGCUGAAUGGCCACAGAACAGAGUAUGCAAAACUAAUCAUAUCAGGGAACUGUGAUGUUACUCAGCAUAUUGGCUACUGCAUGUAUGUUCUUGAAGAUCAUGAUGUGUACAGCCACUUUAGGCUCAGGAGAAGCAGCACUCCCUUGGAAGUAUAA